UUUACACUUGCGCCCUAAUGUUUUAUUUUGGUAGAAUUCUGGAACAAAUUAGGAAAAAUCCCCAUUAAAUUCCAAAUAAUAUAUCACCCAACUCAAUGAGUGCCCAUAGCAUAGCAUCGGUUCCGGAAACGGUCCAGGUUGCAGUCCGAAUAAGACCCCUGUUACCAUCGGAGAUUCGAAUGGGCUGCCAAACGGUCACCGAGCAGAUUGAUCCAGAAGAGCCGCGAAUAUGUGUCCGAAGCAAUGAGCAGUUCACGUUCAAUCACGUGUUCGAUCCGUCCAGCAGCCAGUUGGAAGUCUACGAGAAAAGUGUUAAGACGAUUGUGGAGAAGCUUCUGGAGGGAUUCAACGUUACUAUUCUGGCCUAUGGGCAGACGGGAUCCGGGAAGACCUAUACGAUGGGAACGUCGUUCGAGGGCAAGUAUGACGUUAAUCAAGGAAUCAUUCCAAGGACGAUGAUGGAUCUUUUCGAUCGGAUUGAAGGUUGUGAAGAGUUUCAGAGUGCGGUGACGUGUUCCUUCGUUGAACUGUAUCAAGAGAAUGUGUACGAUUUACUGUCGUACAGGAAUAGGUUCGAGAAAAUGGUCGGGAUUAGAGAAGAUGCAUCGGGUGUGUUUAUCCCGGGAUUGACGGAAGUUCCGGUGAAUAAUGCCGAGGAAGCACUGCGUUGGAUGAUUCAAGGUGCUAGUGCAAGAGCCGUGGCAUCAACGUCAAUGAAUAAGGAAUCCAAUCGAAGUCACACAAUGUUCACAUUGACUGUGAGGAAGAUAAAACACCAUCAAAUCGUGACAAUGUCCAAACUGCAUCUGGUAGACUUGGCCGGAUCAGAGCGAUCCAAGAAGACACGGGCCGUGGGCGAUCGUUUUCGCGAAAGUAUCCAGAUCAACAAAGGACUUCUAGCUCUAGGGAACGUAAUAGCUGCAUUGGGGUCGAACCAGAACACCAAAGGGUACAUUUCGUACAGGGAUUCCAAGUUGACCAGGUUGCUGCAGAACUCACUGGGCGGUAACUCCAUCACGCUGAUGAUUGCUUGCGUGUCGCCAGCUGACUACAACGUGGACGAAACUCUGAGUACCCUUCGAUACGCGGAUCGAGCUCUCAGGAUUCGUAACAAGCCCACCAUCAACGGAGGUGAAAUAAGCAUUCGAGAGGAAAUCGAACGUCUUAAGCAGGAGAACCAGGAUCUUCGGAAAGCUUUGGAUCAAGCCCAGUCCACACCGACCGUAGUGUCCAAAAACGAUCGCUCCUGGCGAAAGCUUCAAGAGCAAAUUCGAACCACCAACGCCAAACUACAGAGCGUUGUGAAAAAAUCAAAUCAGCUGGAAUUCCGAGCUUCUCUCGCCGAAAAUGCACUGGACAGGAUAAGCAAUCUGCUUACGACGAGCGAUAACGAUAAGUUUAAACAGAGAACCGAUGAGAUCUUGGGUCGAUUUCGGAAGGAAAGUCAGUCAUGGAACGUUUCGGAACAAAAAUCGAAUAAAGUUUAAAUGUUGGUGAAAAAAA